AACAAGCUGUGUCGGUGUGCCGCACAUGAUCAGCCAUGCCUGCUGUCUAAGUCUGUCUGUUGGUUGUUGCCAUGACUACGAAAAGCCAGUGGAACCCAAUGAGCUGUAUGCAGCAGUGCUGAGAGGGCCAGCCAUUUUACUUAUGGAAAACCGUGUGGCAUAUUCUGCUGAGCUUCGCCCUGGAAGAAGCAUUUUCGAAAGAUCCGUUCAGAGAAGAGAGAAGAAAUGGGCAGGCUAGCACGCAGUUAUUACGGCCAAGCAUGCCCGCGAGCUGCCGUUUGGACAAGCUGUUGCCUGCUGUUCCCAUGAGCUGAUUGGAGAAAGUGGAAGGCAGAGCGAUCAUGCUGCAUAUCUGCUAUCAGACGGCAGAAGAGGGUUUUGUCUUGGGCAGGCAAGCUUCCCCUGCAAUGUUAUCGCAGCUGCUCUCUAGCUGCUUAUCCUGAAAACUAGUGACCCCAAAGGAGGGCGUUACCAUCUGCGAACGGCGGUCCUGUGCGCGGCUGCUGCAUAUGAGCCGCAGGUCUGAAGAAGCAGGUGUGUGCUCCGAUGGGCACCGGACUGUAACGCAGGCGGGCGCUCUCGGGUGUACCUGCUUCCUGUUAACAGAUUGUUGGCUCGCAGAGAAUCUGCCUACACGCUGAGACCGAGGCUGGGAAGGAGGUCCCUGCGUAUCCGCUUGACUGACAGAGACACUUGCAUUGGACUUAAUCUUAAACCUCUGGAGUUCAAGACCUUUUAAAAAGGGCUAAAUAAACAACCUCUACAUGUAAAAGGCCACUGACUCCUACUUCCUCUGUUUAGAGCAACUGUGGAGCCCAGCUGCCUGGAGGAAAACUGAAGAUUUUAAUAACAAACCCUCCAAGGUCAAAAUGAAUACAGAUAGCGGUGGGUGUGCUCGCAAACGUGCUGCCAUGUCUGUUACAUUAACAUCUGUGAAGAGAGUUCAAAGUUCUCCAAACCUAUUGGCUGCAGGACGUGAUUCUCAGUCACCAGACUCAGCUUGGAGCUCUUACAAUGAUCGAAAUCAAGAGACACUGAACGGCGAUGCUACAUAUUCCUCUCUUGCAGCAAAAGGUUUUAGAAGCGUUCGACCAAACUUACAAGAAAAAAAGUCACCAACUCAGGCACCCUUUCCACCGCCCAGAGAAGAGAGCUUUUGUAGUUCCUUGAUAACCAGCCACACACAGGGUGACAUUUUAGAUCAACUAGUAACUAACACACAAACUCCCUCCUGUACGAAGUACUUUACUAGCAGAAAACCUCUUGAAGGAACUAUGUAUUCCAAUGAUGACUCAAACCAGACAAUUGUGUAUUCGGAAGAAUCUAACACAACUGUGUCAUAUACCCAAAAAAUCACUAACCCACUACCAGCAGCUGCCAGCACUGGCCCCCCAUCAAAUGCUGACACCAGCACCCCAUUUCUACAAGAGGAUUACACGCAGGACUCUCAAACUCGACGAAUUUCUACACUGAAACUAAUCCAUAACCAGGAUCUAGGAAGUAGUGCCCACUUUAAUACUCCACGGUUGUCCCAACCUGUUGAGGUACCAUCGUGGCUCAAAAGGCCUUGCUCACCACCCCCUAACCCAGUGCCUGGGAUAUACACAGCAUCUCUUUCCAUUCAGAUAACUCCCGUUUCAGGACACGAUCCUGAAAGCCACAAACAGCUACCUGAGCUUUCUCCAGAGACCACAAAGAUACCUCUUCAGCAAGAGAGACAAAAAUCUGCAGUUGCUGCGGCCUCCCAGUCCUCAGACUGCCGGGUGAGCCAGAUAACAGUGAAUGGAAACUCAGGAGGUGCUGUGAGCCCAAUGAGUUACUAUCAAAGGCCGUUCUCCCCUUCAGCUUACUCUCUCCCAGGCUCGCUCAACUCAAGCAUUAUCAUGCAGCAUGGCCGGUCACUUGAUUCCACAGAGACCUAUCCCCAGCACGCGCAGUCUCUGGACGGCACCAUGGGCAGCUCCAUACCACUGUACAGAUCCUCAGAGGAGGAGAAGAGAGUGACGGUCAUCAAAGCCCCCCACUACCCGGGGAUCGGGCCCGUGGAUGAAUCCGGAAUCCCCACCGCAAUUAGAACGACAGUUGACAGACCGAAGGACUGGUACAAGACGAUGUUCAAGCAGAUCCACAUGGUACACAAGCCGGAUGAUGACACAGACAUGUAUAAUACUCCUUAUACAUAUAAUGCAGGCCUGUACAACUCACCCUACAGCGCUCAGUCACAUCCUGCUGCAAAGACCCAGACCUACAGACCCCUCUCCAAAAGCCACUCCGACAACGGCACUGAUGUCUUUAAGGAUGCCUCCUCCCCCAUCCCUCCCCCGCACGUUCCUCCUCCAGUUCCACCACUUCGACCAAGAGAUCGAUCUUCGACGGAAAAGCAUGACUGGGAUCCGCCAGACAGAAAAGUGGACACCAGAAAGUUUCGUUCUGAGCCAAGGAGUAUUUUUGAGUAUGAACCUGGGAAGUCAUCAAUUCUGCAGCACGAAAGACCCCCCCCUCUCCCAACAACUCCGACACCUGUUCCAAGGGAACCUGGCCGGAAGCCUCUUUCUGUCUCACCACAUGGAGGAGUAACUGGUAGCCCCUCCCCUCCGCCCAGGACUGGCCUCCCCAUUCCAAGCCCGCGCACCCCGGCUCUCUCCCCCAUCUGGAAUGAUCGCAUAAAUCCAGAUGACAUAGAUUUAGAAAAUGAGCCCUGGUAUAAAUUCUUUUCAGAACUGGAGUUUGGACGCCCGCCUCCUAAAAAGCCUCUGGACUAUGUUCAAGAUCAUUCUUCUGGUGUUUCCAAUGAGGCCUCCUUGUAUCAAUCCUCAAUAGACAGAAGCCUAGAAAGACCCACUAGUGCCACGAGCAUGGCCAGUGACUUCAGGAAAAGGAGGAAGAGCGAGCCUGCGGUGGGGCAGCCGAGGGGCCUGGAUCACGGUGCACGCAGGACCAGCCCAGGCCGAGCGGACCUCCCAGGGUCAAGCGCCACCCUGACUCAGUCCUUCAUAAGUUCCUCCCCUUCUUCCCCGUCAAGAGCAAAAGGUGGGGAUGAUAUGUGUCCAUCCCUUUACAGUUACUCAGGGCUCAACGGCAACCCCUCCAAUGAGUUAGAUUACUGUAACGCUUACAAGAGACAGCAUUUGGAUGUCCCUCGUGACUCACAGAGGGCCAUCACGUUCAAGAACGGCUGGCAAAUGGCCCGGCAAAAUGCAGAGGUCUGGAGCAGCACUGAAGAGACAGUCUCCCCCAAAAUCAAAUCCCGUAGUUGUGAUGACCUCCUAAAUGGUGACUGUGACAGCUUCCCUGACCCAAAAGCCAAGUCAGAAAGUAUGGGCUCUCUGCUAUGUGAAGAGGAGUCCAAGGAGAGCUGCCCUGGGGCCUGGGCUUCCCCGUACAUCCAGGAGGGCCGUGGUAACGGCCGAUCGAGGCUCCGACACAGGUCAGCCCAUGACGCCCCAGGGUUCCUAAAAAUGUACAAGAAAAUGCACCGCAUCAAUCGCAAGGAUCUGAUGAACUCAGAGGUGAUUUGCUCGGUAAAGUCGAGAAUCCUGCAGUAUGAAAACGAACAGCAACACAAGGGCCUGCUCCAUGGCUGGAGUCAGUCCUCCACUGAGGAGGUGCCCAGGGACAUGGUCCCCACUCGCAUUUCUGAAUUUGAGAAGUUGAUUCAAAAGUCAAAAUCCAUGCCAAAUUUAGGAGAUGAUAUGUUCUCUCCUAUAACCCUAGAACCCCAACAAAACGGUUUAUGUCCCAAAAGGCGGUUUUCCAUCGAGUCUCUGCUGGAGGAAGAAAGUCGGAGUAGACACCCUUCUCACGUACAACGCAGCUACGAGCCUGAAACCCUGGUGCCGAUUCACAUCGAAGUCACCAGUGACGAGCAACCGAGAACUCAUUUGGAGUUUUCCGACAGUGACCAAGAAGGAGUUGUGUCUGACCACAGUGAUUACAUCCACGUGGAAGGGUCGUCCUUUUGCAGCGAGAGUGACUUUGAUCACUUUUCUUUCACAUCCUCUGAGAGCUUUUAUGGAUCCAGCCACCAUCACCACCACCAUCACCACCACCACCACCGGCACCUCAUCAGCUCCUGCAAGGGCAGAUGCCCUGCCUCCUACACCCGAUUCACCACAGUGCUGAAACAUGAAAGGGCUAAACACGAGAAUGCCGAGGAGCCCAGAAGACAGGAAACGGACCCCGGCCUUUCUAAACUUGCGUUUCUAGUCAGUCCCGUGCCUUUCCGGAGGAAAAAGGACUCGACUCCCCAAAAACAGGCUGAAAAGGCAAAAUGUAAAGCGUCUGUGUUUGAGGCUCUGGACUCUGCCCUUAAAGACAUCUGUGACCAAAUUAAAGCUGAAGAGAGAAGGGGAAGCUUGCCAGACAACAGUGUAUUGCACCGUCUUAUCAGUGAACUGUUGCCACAUAUUCCAGAGAGGAACUCGUCCCUUGAAGCUCUAAGAAGGAGCCCCGUGCACCAGCCCUUCCACCCACCGCCUCAAGAUGGUGCCACUCGUCGUCCAUUGUACCAGAACGCUUGUGGGAGAAUGCCUCACAGUGCCUCUUUCCCAGACGUGGACACCGCCACCAGCAACCACCACCACCGAGACCAUGAGAGUGCACGGAGUCUCCAAGACCAUGAAUCCCCUAGAAGUUACUCAUCCACUGUGACUGACCUGGGGAGAAGUGCACCGAGGGAAAGAAGAGGAACUCCAGAAAAAGAGAAAUUGCCUGCAAAAGCUGUUUAUGAUUUUAAAGCUCAGACGUCUAAGGAGCUGUCAUUUAAGAAAGGAGAUACUGUCUACAUCCUCAGGAAAAUUGAUCAAAAUUGGUAUGAGGGAGAGCACCACGGGAGAGUGGGCAUUUUUCCCAUCUCCUACGUGGAGAAACUCAUGCCUCCUGAGAAGGCACAGCCUGCAAGACCGCCUCCCCCAGCCCAGCCUGGAGAAAUCGGAGAAGCUGUAGCCAAAUAUAAUUUCAAUGCUGACACAAACGUGGAGCUGUCGCUGAGAAAGGGAGAUAGAGUUAUUCUUCUUAAAAGAGUUGAUCAAAACUGGUAUGAAGGUAAAAUUCCAGGAACCAGCAGACAAGGCAUCUUCCCUGUUUCCUAUGUAGAAGUUGUCAAGAAGAAUACAACCAAAGGUGCUGAGGACUACCCUGACCCUCCAAUACCCCACAGCUAUUCUAGCGAUAGAAUCCACAGCUUAAGUUCAAAUAAGUUGGCUUUCAGUGAACCAGCCCCUCCUCCCAUGCACAAAGCUUCACCGGGCUCAGAUAGAACAGCCCAGGGGCGGCUGCGUCUGACAGCCGAGUGCCCACCGGCAAAUCCUUUGACCCCAACACCGCCUCACUCUCUGGACAAUUUCUUGGAUGAAUUGGAGAAGCUUGGUGCUUUAACCUCACCAGCCGACCGAGCCAAACCAAAUAUCCUAGAGGAGAUCAUCCUCGAGAUUCAGGAGGAGCCCUCAGAUCUCCUCCCCUUGCCUCCAGCAUCUGCACCUGCCAAAUCCCCUUCUGUGCUGCCUUUCCCCCGCUCAGGGGUGACUUCAGUUGCAGUCUGGCCUUCUGCGGCGACACCACUUCAAGACCCCAGAAAGACAACUCAGAACAAAUGUGCAGGUUUGACAAAAAUACGAAAGGGCUUUGGAGGCCCUGAGAAAGUACCCGAAGUCCUAGGUGACAAGUUUGUGGCCUCUGCACACACUAAUGUGGCUCCCUUGCCCAAAAGUCUCCCCGCCAUCGGAGAGGAAGAUGAGGAUAUCUAUGAGGGGUUUCUGUCAGGCAUCCGAAGAAGGCCAGAGUGUCGAGAACCGGAUGCCUCGUGGUGUGCCCGCGACGGCACAGAGGUGACACCAAGCCUGCACAUCGAAGAGGAGGAAGAAGAGAGGCAACCUGACGGUUUAAAAUAUCCAGUAGCCACCCCCACAGACCCUAGGAUCCCUAAGGAAGACAGCAGUGCAGUGAAAACCAGUACUGAGCCGCCUUCAUCUUCUCCGGGAGAUCGAACGUCUACACCUUUUCCCAGCUGUGUCCUUCCCUCCCUUCCUUUCCAUUCUCCCUGGGCCUCUGUCUCUGACUUGGCCUCUACACUUUCUCAGACUACCCAGCCCUACACACCUCCCCUUCUCCCUAAAUACCCUUAUCAACAGGAGAUAAAUUCACCAAAAUUAAAGGUAACUGCAUCCCGAGUGUGGUUUAUUGCAUGCCUUUAAAUGAAUUUUAUUAAUUAGAUGUAUUUAGAUUUGUGCCAUCUUACAAGUUCUAAGAAGUCGUGUAAAUAUUGGUUGCUAACUUUUUAACAUCAUUGGCAUGGCCUCUAUCCCAAAAAUUUAAAAGACACGCUUGCAUACCCAGACUCAAUUUUACAUAGAAAAAUAAAAAGCAACCAUUAGGUAUUUUUUUGGAGAACCAUCCCAUUCAAAGACAUCAGCUUGGUGCCUGUCAUCUCCUGUCACUUCUCAGUGGGCUCACUGCCUCCCACAUUUCUCAGCCAUCAGCAGGUUCAGCAGAGCCCGAGGGCAGGAUGAUCUUCAGUACUGUCUUGAGCUCUAGUCUUCCACAAAACUGAAGUAAAUUAAUGAGGAUGCAGGAAUGAUACUUCCCUUGGUUAACAGUUAACAAAGCACCCAACUCAGAGCCUUGCGGGCUGGCAGUUCUCCUGAUUUUCAACUCCCCAUAAGGACACCAGUAAAAGAGACUUUCAGCAAAAUUAAUGACUGGCCCUGGAAAGACAUUUAAUGACAACCACAGCAUGAAAUGACUCCAUCACAGAAAAGCUUGGCUUCUACAAUCAGCAUGAUCCUGAAAUCUCUUCCUUUAGACAAAAGGUGAUAGACUUCAAAUAAUAACCCAUCCUCACAUCCAAUGUUUUGAAUGUGAAUGAGAGCCUCUGCAGUUAAGGGAAAACUCGAAGGCUCUGGUAGAGUCGAGUUUCUUUACCAGGAAGCACCAACACCAGAGAAAUGCCAUCUGCACGAUACUCCCAACUCCCAUCACUAACCCCAUCCAACAAAAUAGUCCAAUGUGAAUGUGAAUUCAUCUUAUGUGUGAAAGGAAUUUUUGAAAAAGUGGAAUAGUUUAAAGACUAGUUGCUCUUUGCCCUUUGAGAUUUCAUUUUGGCCGGCAUGAAAUAAUUAGGAAAUAAAAAUAAUAAUACUUUAGAUAUUAUCUAAGACCAAGAAUUUGCCCCGCCCUCCCCGCCCCCAUUCCUUCUGUGGUUCUCUUUUUAAGGCCAAAGUAUUUAUUCCCUGUCUUUCCCUACUUGUUCUUUAGCCCUUAAACUUAGUCAAUAAAUGGCUAAAUAACUUUAGAAUCAGUUUGGAUUUUUAGAAUUUAGAGAGAUAAAGAUCACUCACUGCCAUUGUACUAUCAAGGACAAAACCAAGAUUUAUGCGAGUUCAUUCUUUAAGAACCAAGCUCAACUGAUACACACGUUAGGUGUCAGUUGUUUGCAGAAUGGUAUGAGAGAAUGGACAUAUUUACAAUAACAAUGUUUCCAAAGAAUACUUUUCAUAACUACAUCAAAUAAUUAACUCCAGAAAAAUGAAGUGGUUUUUUUCUCUAUUUUAUCUCAUACUCAAGAGCAAAUGAUAACUUUCUAUCUCCCCCACUGAGUUUUUGAAAACCUUAUAAAUGUCUUCUUCUAUUCAUUGGAAAGAUAUAAGUUGAUGAAUUCGUUGGUGCUUAUUGUAAAUAUAAAUGCAAAUUGAAACAGCUGCAAAUCUCAGGCCAUUAUUAUAGUUUAACCCCACGUCUGAUACUGAUAAACUGUGGAGGCUUGAGUCCUCUAAGAAGCCUUCCUAUUUCUUCCAUUUCAAGAAUGUUACACGUUAUGCUCAUUACCAAGAAAGUAACCCUGCACUAAAAGCAAAGAUAAAAUAAAAUUUUAAUAAUGUUUUAGUAGGUAUAGCAUAGUAUGCACGAAUCAUUACACUUUUAUCAAUCCUUAUCAACCAUUUAAUGCACUUUUAUUCUUUUAAUAAAAUUUAAUGCAAUUUUACUCCUGUGAAGUAUCUUCUGAGACAAUGUAAACCUGUCAUAUCCAAACCAAAAUCUUCCAUAAACGCAAAAUUCACCAACACGUUAUAGAUGACAGAAGGCUGAAAAUGUACAUAUAAAUUAUGAGCAAUAUAUAAAUCAGAAACCAAUAUCCUCUCUUCUAUUUUGAGCAUCUUUUUUUAAAUAAUGGUUUUUCAUAAUAAAAAUUAUCAUAAUUCUCAGUUCUCCUAUAAGCCGAACUUCCAAUUCCAUCUAAGAGACUUAUGGCAUGUGGACUCUUUAUGAAGAGAUAGAAGGACUCUUCUUUGGGCUUCUUCCAAGAAACUCAAUUUUUGUGGGCCCAUUGGGAAGUCUCCUCGCUCUAAAGCCAUCCCAUCAGAGAGUGACCCCCUUGAGCACGGUUUCCAACAUGGAAUUAAGCCCUGAUUCUUCCUAAUAUGUUCAAAUGAUCUUUCCAGCUGUUUGUCCACAUCAUUCUAACAGCUAAAUGUCUUUUUUCCUCUAUGAGCCUUGAUGUUUGUAGAACCCAUCCCCGCAUCAGUCGAAAUGGGGACAGCUGCUGUGCCAAAAAACUCAAAAUAACAACAGCUUAAACAACAUACAAGUAUAUUUCUCUGGUACCUAAGUGUCGGGCAUCCAGGGCUGGUAUGUGGCUCCAGAAUCAUCAGAAAACCCAGGAGAUUCCAUUUGAUUUUUGCACAUCAUCUCCCCAGUGAGAAGCCUCCACCGCCUGGUCCAAAGUGCUUGCACCAGCUCUCGCAGCCCCUUCCUAUUGUGUAUCCCGUCUGUCAGAACUUAUCACAUGAGCACAUUUAGAUCCAAGGAAGACUUUAUUCAGAAGGUCCAUGUGCCUAUCAGGAUUCUAGGACAGAGGACAGACAAGAAAAGAACAGAUACUGGAACACAUCAAGCAUUCUCUGCCAUAACCCUUUAGAGAAAAAUGCUUAAUGCAUUUCGUAUCCACAGACUGCAGAUUUGAGGUCAGUCAUUAUAAAAACUUUCUUCAGUGAGAGUUUAGAAAAUCAUGUUUUUAUUGAAGAGUCCUUUCUCUAGUCCCGCUAAAGUUCCCAUAAGGGACUCAAAUACUUGUCAAGGACAAGUGGUAGAUCCUGUCCACUCCUGGAAAGAAAAUAAAGCAUACUCACACACAAGAAAGGUUAGCUUAUUCACUGUCCUAUUAAAAAUCUUACUUUGGAAGAACGCCAAAAUAGUCACAAGGUGGAGUCAGGACAAUAUUCAGUAUUUAAUUAUAUUUCACCAUUUUCCCCCCAGAGAAGCCGUGUUUUCUUCCUCUGUGUUUUGUCAGAAAAUUUGCCCCGACAAGCAGUUGAGACUUUUUACGAAACUUUAUGGGUAUUGAGUGAAAUUCCCCUCUAUUUUACCUUGCAUCUACUCAAAUGUGCACACACACACAAAAAAAAACCCAGGUCCAAUCUGAGGGUGUCUUGAAUCCCACUGUUAAACAUUCUAUUAAAGACGUACAAAUUCUUGUAUGUGUUCUUAGCCAUCGAUAUCGCACUCAAACAUCGUCUUUGUGCCAGCUUCUCUCUGAAAGUCUUUCUCUGCUGUGCCUGUUGAGUUCUGUAUGAAAGCGGCACCUGACGCCUGUGGCGUGAAACCUACAGGCAGCCAAAGAGCUGUCUGCAGACUGGUGAACCCUUCCCGCUCCGCUGCUAUGCAAGAGUUUGGCAUGCUGCGUGUGCGUGUGCAUGAAAAAACAAAAUCAGGAAAGCUUCUCCUGAAGGCUGUAAACCGAAGACAAGAACUAACUAACCUCUUAUGGCUUUUCCAGGCUGACUUAAAAAGCGAGAUAUUUGUCUUGGGUAAGCCUCCGCGUAGCCCAGUGAUGUCUAGGAGACACUGCAGCUCACCUGUCAGAGGGCUCAGCGGUUCCCACAGGGUAGGGUCAGAACGCCCCACCUUGAGCCAGGCACCCUGGCCAUUCGCCCCCAGUGGGUGGCUCCUCCUUAAUUGUCAUUGCUGUGCUUUGCCCGUAAAGUAGGGCCAGAGGUACCCUUGAGACAAAGUGACCCCAACCAUGAUGAGCUAUGAAAUCAGAUCAACACAAAAAUCCUCUGCUGUCUUUAAGCAAUGUGUUUUCCUUUUGUGUGUGUGUGUGUGUGUGUGUGUGUGUGUGUAAGCUUUCCAAAAUCCAAAAAGGUCUGACCAGAUUCUCAUGGUACAAAGGAGGGCGUAGCGUAUGUCGUCUUCUACGUCCGUCUCAGGCUUCCACGUUCUCUGUAAAUCGCUGUUUUCCAGUUACGGUUUUUAGUGCGAAGAAUAAGGCUGCUACCAAUCAUAUACUGAACUCGCACGCUUCCAGUGAUGUUUGCUUCUGUGGCAUUCCGUUUAUUUCAGUUUCUUGUUUUGUUUUGUUUUUCCCUUUAAAUCCACGAUUCUUGUUGCGAAAUACCCUGUUGCUCUGGUGAUGUGUGCUACAUUCACUCCAUGACGCUUUUUAAGCCAAUGCUACUGCCCUGGACUCCAGAUACUCCCAGGCUCUUGACAGCUUUGAUUGAAUUUAAGGGUGAAAUUACUUUCCCCUGUAACUCUUUGGUUCUGUAACAUCACAUCAAAAGCACUUUCCUAUGAAUGGGUUGUAAAUGGUGUUAUCAGUUCUGGGGAAGGCAGCCAAGGCUUGUAGGGAUUUCCAUCUCCUCAAAAGUCAGUCUUUUCACCAUUUCUAUUUGAUAAACCCUGGUUUAACCUCACCUGGUCUAUUACAUGACUAUGCUUUGCAAAUAUUUAAGGGCCCAAUUGAUUGCAAAGAGGAUUUCCUUUUCUACUUUCAAAAAAUGUAGAUACCUCUCUGUGUUUAUGCCAAUUUUGUGCUUUUUGCUUUGCAUAAUGAGACCUCGCUUUGUUUCUGAGGUAGAGAUUUGGGUUGCCGUAGAGAAAGAGGAAUGUUGAUUUGAAGGGAUUCUUAGACUCACUCACACAAGGACCUUCUAGAGCCAAAACAAAAAGAAAGAUUUUUCCACAAUUAAUGUGGCCCAGCCAUAAAUUUCCCAUGGGUCAAUGAGAUGCUAUGUUUUGGGUCACCUCAAGUUUUUUUUCUUUGCCAGAUGUAUACAUUAUGUACUUAUAUGUGUUUGGGUGGAACAUACAUUUUCUAUAUUCUUUAGAUUCAUCCAAAGUUGUAUACCAUCAAUUAAGAAGGAAAAAUAAUCCUAUAAACAUAAACAUGGGACUGUUAUUAGGGGAAUGUCAUCGAAUUCUGGUUGGCAAAUACUACACCUAACAUUUUCUGGAAAAAAACUGACUGAAAAACUCUAGAAGUGCUUAUAACUCUUUCAAAUAUUCUUCCACAUUAGUAUUUAAAGUAACAGCCAAUCCUCACUCAAGAAUCACCAAAUACUAGAUAGAGCUACCAGAAAUGCCUCUGCCGAAGCACAGAUAGACAAAUGGCUUCUGGACAGACUGCAUCUCCCCAUCUGAGCUAGGCAAGUAGAUGUUUUACUGAAACCAGAGAUUCUAGGAUAUUUCAGACCAGUUCCCUCAUGGUUAGGUUGGUUCUGGCUUUGAAUAUUAGCGUGUGCUUAAAACUUGUCCCAUUUGUAUCUGCUUUUGAUAAUUUAAAAAAAAAUAGCUACACUAAAAGAGAGAG